AUGGUUUGCACACCAGCAUCUCUCACCAUGAAACUGACCCACGAUGACAUACGCCAACAUAAUGACCGGAGCUCUUGCUGGGUUGCAAUUCACGGGAAUGUAUACGAUGUCACCGAUUUCUUGAGCUCCCAUCCCGGGGGAGCAAAUGUCAUUCUAAGAUCAGCAGGUAAAGAUGCCAGCAACGCCUUUGACUCUGUACAUGCACCGGAGAUAUUGAACGAGCUCCCGGAAACCGCACUGCGGGGUCAGAUCGAUAUCUCUGAAGCGGCGGAGGUGGACACUGAGUCGAAUAAAGAGGAGCAGAUUGACUUGAAACCUCCCCCUUUGCAAACUUUGAUCAACCUUAACGACUUCGAGGAAGUCGCCCAACGACAUCUCCCAGAUACAACCUGGGCCUACUACUCAUCCGGCGCAGACGAUGAAAUCAGUAAACACAACAAUGCGCGCUCAUACUCGAAAAUUUCACUUCGACCUCGCAUUCUCCGCCGAGUUCUCUCCGUCAACACAGCUACUACGAUUCUUGGAUUUCCCACAUCUUUGCCGGUCUAUAUCUCAGCUGUGGGGAUCGCGAAGCUUGCUCAUCCGGACGGCGAGUGCGCGUUGGCAGCUGCGGCGGGAAAGGAAGGACUGGCGCAGUUAUUGGCGAACGGGUCCAGUUUUCCCAUCGAACGAGUGAUGAAAAGUCGCACUUCCCCGACCCAGCCUAUCUUCCAGCAGCUCUAUGUGAACAAGGAUAUUGAAAAGUCUGUUGAAGUGGUCCGACGCGCCGAGCAGGCGGGAGCUGGGGCCAUUUGGAUUACAGUCGAUUCACCGGUGGUAGGGAAAAGAGAAAUGGAUGAACGCUUGAACUUGAGUAUUUCGGCCUCCGAUAGCCACGAACAAGGACAGGGCGUUGCUAAGAUCAUGGCCAGCUUCAUAUCGCCAUUUAUCGACUGGGAUAUUCUGACCUGGAUCCGAGGAAUCACAAAUCUCCCACUGGUGGUAAAAGGAAUCCAAUCUGUCGAGGACGCCGUGAUCGCGCACAGCCAUGGUGUUCGCGGAAUUGUUCUUUCGAACCAUGGCGGACGGUCCCAAGACACUGCCCAAUCCCCUCUGCUGACUCUUUUGGAGAUCCGGAAAUUCGCGCCCCAGCUAAUCGACAGUGAUAUGCAAAUAUUUGUCGACGGAGGGAUUCGCCGGGGAACUGACGUUCUCAAGGCCAUUGCAUUGGGGGCAGAUGCCGUGGGACUGGGACGACCUUUUCUCUACAGCUUGUCCGCGGGCUAUGGCGAGAAAGGGGUCCUUCGGAUGAUUGCACUUCUCCGACAGGAGAUUGAGGCGAAUAUGGUUUUACUCGGGGUAAGUAGUCUGGAUGAGCUCAGACCGGAGAUGGUGAAUGCGAGUCGAUUGGAAAAACAUAUGAUCGGCAGCGUGAAACUAUAG